AUGCCAUUUGACGCAGUUGGCGCAGUUGGGACAGCUCCCAGUGAUGGUGCGGAUACAUUGUUCGACCCCUCAGCACCCUUCUUCAGCCGUUUCAAUAGCCGAAGGUCGGUUGUCUAUAGCACAAAGGGCAUUGUUGCUGCCUCGCAGCCUCUUGCUGCACAAGCUGGAUUAGAUAUCUUGAAGGCUGGUGGCAAUGCCGUUGAUGCAGCAAUAGCCACUGCCGCCGCUCUCGGCGUGACGGAGCCAUGCUCGACUGGAGUGGGAGGAGACAUGUUUAUGAUUUUCUGGGAUGAGAAAAAGCAAAAAGCGUUUGCAAUGAAUGGCUCGGGUCGAUCGCCAGCUGAGCUAACAAUCGACAAGUGCCGGGAGUUGGGUUUGAAUGGCAAUUUACUAUUGCCGCAAAACGCAAACUCAGUCACGGUCCCUGGACAAGUCGCCGGGUGGUUUGACGCAAUGGACGCUUACGGGAGUGGAAAAGUUACCAUGGAACAGGUGUUGAAACCCUCUAUUGAGCUUUGUGAAGAUGGUUUCCCCGUUUCCGAAAUCACAGCACGCCAAUGGAUAGAAUGCGAGGGAAUGCUGAAGAAGGUUUCCCCAAGUGGCGGUGAUCUUCUUUUGGCGGACGGCAAGGCUCCAAGAGCUGGCCAAGUCUUCAAAAACCCUAACUUGGCCAAGGUGCUUCGAGAAAUAGCUACCAAAGGCAGAGCAGGCUUCUAUGAGGGAUGGGUGGCAGAGGCCAUCGCGGGUACCAUCCAACAGCUUCGUGGUGUCAUGACGACACAGGACUUGAAGGAUCACACAACAACCUUUGUUGAACCGAUAUCCAAAUCUUAUAAUGAGUACACGCUCUGGGAAUGCCCACCUAAUGGUCAAGGAAUCGUUGCCUUGGAGGCACUGGGUAUCAUCGACAACCUGGAGAAGACAGGAAAGAUUUCUUCUCUCAAGAGCCUUGGACAUAACUCUGUUGAAUAUGUUCAUACAAUAGUAGAGGCCCUAAGAUAUUCUUUUGCGGAUGGAGAUGCCUUCGUUUCAGAUCCAGAACACUCUGGACCGGCCUGGAAAAGCCUGCUAGAUGACAAGUAUCUGGCUGAACGAGUGUCUAACUUCAAGUUAGAUGCUGCUGAUGCUACUUUGAAGAACGGAUUCCCAAACAAAUCAUCGGAUACAGUCUACCUAACUACAUCUGAUUCGGAGGGCAACGCAUGCAGCUUCAUCUGCUCAAUUGCUUCCAAUUUUGGUGGUGGAAUUGUUCCCAACGGUUGUGGCUUCGCCUUGCAAAACCGAGGUACUCAGUUCCAGCUACGUGAGGGACACGUCAAUACACUGAGGCCUCGCAAAAGGCCUUACCAUACAAUUAUUCCAGCAAUGGUGACAAAGAAUGGCCGACUUGAUCUCUCUAUGGGUGUCAUGGGUGGAUAUAUGCAACCCCAGGGCCACUUACAAGUGAUGCUCAACUCGUGCAUCUUUGGCUUCAAUCCUCAGGACGCCUUGGAUUCACCAAGAGUGUGUAUCCGACCAUCACGCACAAUGCCAGAGUAUGCCACAGCAGAUGAUUACUCCAAGUUGACGCAAAAGUCGAUCAUAUGUUUAGAAGAGGGUUUUCCCCAAGAGACUGUCGAAGGCCUGCGCAAACUGGGACAUGAAGUGGAACUCAUAACAGGAUGGGACCGUGCAGUAUUUGGCCGAGGACAAGCCAUUCAAGCAAAGGAGGACACAAGUGGCCAAAGAGUGUAUCACGCGGGAAGUGAUCAACGCGGUGACGGCCACGCAGUUGCAUGGUAG